AUGACUACGAAUCCUGUGGGAAUUGAUCCUGCAAUCAUAUCUGCAGCACUUCCCUUUAAGAACCAAAUACUCAACUCACUUGAUGACAAGGUUGGCCCUGACUUUGAAGAGCUUUCUUUGGUUACUAAAAUAGUGGAAACAAUCGGACCUCUAAUACAUGACAAGAAUUAUCAUUUCUUUUGUGAUAAAGAUUUGGGACCUGUUAUUAGUUUCCUUGUCAUCAUAUUCUCUGUUCCUCGGGAACAGCAAGCGAUUGAGUGGUACUGUGAUAAGUUUGCACCAAUAUUAGCCUCAUGUCAGGAUUGUUGUAAAUCAUUCUAUUCGUUUAAAAAUCGUAUUAUCAAAAGAUAUAUUGAGAAUAAAGGCAUCGCAUAUUCGAAUAUAGAUGGUUUUGACUUAAUGAUUUGUAGGUGGAGAGCAGAUACGUUAACUAAGCGUUUAGGUGGCAUUAGUAGUGACAAUCUAACGAAAGAACAGGAAAUUGCAUUCUGCGAGUGUUUUUGGUACCCAAGAGUAUUAAAGCAUUCUCAAAAUCUCAAAGUAUUAUUCAAUAAUGCCUUCUGUUUGUUGAAGGAGAAAAACCAUCCCCUGUUGUCGUAUUCAACAGAAAAUGUCCUAUCAAAAUUAAGUUCUGGUACAGUCUUUUUAUUAAUGGAAGGAACACCUAUUCAGAUAUCACAUUCCUUGGGACUACUCGAUUGGAUGUACGAUCGAAAUGAUAUGAUCACAUUAGAGAACAUGCCAUUAGAUGCACUACAAGAAAUAAACACACAUUACAUAUAUCUGAUUUCAAAACAAUUCGGGAAAGACCUGCAGCCUAGCGCCCUUGCAUUAAAUUCUAUGGGUAUUGCCUGGAUUAGAUUAACCGCCCUUUUCAGUUUAAUGACAAAAGAGGUUAUGGAGCAUCACUUCUUGGAGCCAAAAUUCACACAAAGUUUGAAGAACGCAGGAACGCGUGAAGUCCCAUCUAUCAUACAUUUGUGGUAUAACUGGUUCUCGGUUCCUAAUCCUGAACGUCCUUUGGAUGUUAUGUUGAAAGUGUUAAAUUUAUUUUUGGAUAAAUUUGGACAAGAUUUUUGGACUUAUUUAAAACCAUUUAACUUCCACACUUUACUGGAUCUUAUUUUCGCCCAAGGUACCUUUGCAAAUACGUUGUUAAGAAAACAAGAUUUUCCUAUUUUGAAGGAUGGAAAAGAAACAUGGCUCUCUCUAGAUGGUUCUGUUUCUGACUUGAUAACAUGGUGCAUACCGUUCUAUAACUCAUUAUCAUCGGCAAAGAAAAUGCAAAUGGUCAAAAAAAUAUCUACUGGAUUCCUUAUGACAAUUUGUGAAUGCAGUAAAUUGUUACGCACCUUACCAAAGCUCCUCUUGAUGAGUUACUCGUUGCAACUUUUGAACAAUGUGUUAGAAAUUGACGAGAAGAAAGGGUCUUUAUUGUACAAGAAUUCAGAUCUUCAAAACGAAUUGUACACAGUAGCUGAUUGUCGAAAGGUUGUCAACCAUCCAAAAAUAUCCCAACUACUUUGUGAUACAGUGCAAUCUCCAGAAAUAGUCUUUCCUGGUAUGCAAGUGGAAUCUUUGUCUCUCAGUGCUAUGAAAGUUCUAGCAAAUUGUGUUGAAUAUGACAUUUUAAAUUUAUGUGAGACAACCUUCAACUUAUAUUCUGGUAAGACAAUUAACAAACACCAUAUACUAGACCUUGAUAUGAGGCGAUUCUUCUUGAACCCGUUAAUUCAGAACAUAAAUCUCUCAAGGUUAGGUACUAAUGGGCCCAAACAUGCUCUAUAUAUUAUGGCCGCUCUCCGGAAUGCGAAUGGUUUGAUGACUCUAACUGCAAAGGGAAUGGAAAUUGAAAACCAGAAUAAGCUCACUCAAGAGUAUAUCAAUGUUAUCAAGCAGUUAGUAAUGAAAUGCUCAGAAUUACCUUCAGAUGAACUAAUCAAAAUUUUAUCCGAUAGAAAUGCGGCACAUGGGUUAUGGUCGUGUUUGUUCUCAUCUGAUAGUGAGCUCUACCAAGAAGCCACAAAUAUCUUAUACGAAGUCUUUAAUGUAGAAGGUCGUUUAGAAGGGUUGCAAGAGCUUUUCAAGAGCAGUUUAUCUACCAGUUUGCAUUGUAUCUCUGUCGUUUUAAAGCAACUUACAAAAACUAAGUUUUUCGAACCUUGUCCUAGGGCCAUACGUAUGAUGAUGGAUGUUCUCACUCUCUUCAAUGAGCCUGUCACUGGUAUCUUUUCAAAUUACGAAAAACUAAAGGAUGAUGAGUCUGAUAAAGAGCUUUUCAAUUUCUGGGGAGCAUCUUGGAAAUUUUUAGAUAUGAUAUAUCUAGAAACCAUUCAAUGGACCUCAAAGCAUUCCAACGUGGUCCUAGAGAACUUCACGAGAGACGUACUUGAUGUUAGUAAUAUGCUAAUGGUAUCCUAUAGAGAGUUUUCUGAUGUUUUAGUCAAAGGAAAGGUAACGGAAAACGAUCUUUUCAAGUUCCCUAUGAGUCCUUUUAAAAACAUGUUGUAUUGGCUAAGAUUGAAUGAUGAACAACUACUAGCAUCAUGUGUGAAGUUGAUUGUAUCAGCUUCAGAUCUUGCGAAAGAAAAGCAAUUUCAAUUUGAUGAAAUGCUUGUAUUGGAUAUGGUCAAAUACGCAUCAAAGGCGAGGAAGUAUCCGAACAAACUAUCACCUGCCCAAAGUCAAGAACUUCUUGAACGCGCUAGAUUCUUUAAUGUGGCUUUAACGAAUGAGGUAGUAAAAGAAUCAGAAAAGUAUCAUUUGGAAAAAGAGUUGCUGAAGAAGGGUAUAAAAGCAAACGUUCCUAAUACAGAUAUAAAAAGUGCUCUUCAAUCAUCUCACCAAGUAUUAACGAAACCUUCCAUGACUUCCGGUCAGCGUGCAGAUUUGAUGCUCAAAAAAGCAAAUGCAGGCUCUUCGCUCACUUCCCGUCCAAAAGGUCAAUCGACACUUUCUUCAUACGGAUUUUUCAAGCCAGGUGGUACGCCUACUGUUAGUUCGGCUCCAUCUAAACCUCUCUCUAGGUUUGAACUAGAGAGGAAAAAGCUUCUUGAAAAGCGUGUUAUUCAUCCACCACAGAAUCAAGUUUUCAACACUAGACCAAGUAUACAUGCAAAGAAAGAAGAAAGUAGUAGCGAGGAUGAAAGUGACUUCGAAAAUGCUGCGGAGCUUUUCGCUGUUGCAAAAUCCAAGGCAAGGACUUACUCGCCAGGUGUUCUUGAUAUCAACGGGAAGGAAAUCAAAAAGUCCACAACCGCUGCAGAUCUUCGUCAACUUGAAGAAGAAAAUAUGAGGAGAAGGCUAAAUGUUGAUUUAGCUCCAUUCUAUGAGAAGAUCUUGAAAUGGGAUUACAAAAGAACCAGCGAAUAUCCGGAUGAUCAGGAAAAUAACUAUUCAGACGUCAAAGAUACAUUUAAAAGUGCUUCUGCCUAUCAAAGUAUCAUGGAACCGUUAUUAUUGUUAGAAUGUUGGCAGGGGUUAUGCUCAGCAAGAGAUAGAGAAGAGCAGAAGAGUUUCAGUUUUGUUGUAGGAAACAGGACAGUAGUGUCUGACUUUUACGAAGUAUACGCAUCGAUUAAUAAAGAUGUAGUUCGUGACACCGGGAUCAAUGAUUCAGACCUUAUUGUUCUUGGUUAUUUUCCUGACCGAGUUUCAUCAAAGCCAUUGACAGACAAAGAAUUCAAACGUACUCAGUAUACAUGUCUAGCAAAGAUAAAAGAACUUAAAAAUUCAAAAGGUGAUAGUAUGGAUCUCACUUUUAGAAUUCAUCGUAACCAUAAGUUUUCUAACUUCUUGACUUUGAGAUCAGAAAUCCAUGCUUUGAAAGUGAUGCAAAUGACAACCGUGGAAAGAGAAUAUUCAUCUUUGAAGGGUUUACCAUAUUAUGAUCUUGUAGAUCAAAUUUUAAAAGCCCAACCAUCUGUUCCUGAGUCCAUGGAUUUAAAAGAGAUUGAGAGAAUCAAAACCAAGUUUAGUUUGAAUGCCUCGCAAGCAAAAGCAAUUUUGAGCACCGUUUCUACACAAGGGUUUUCAUUAAUUCAAGGUCCUCCUGGUACAGGUAAAACUAAGACUAUUCUUGGUAUUGUAGGAUAUUUCAUUUCUAAGGCAAAGAAGAAUUCUAACACUGUAACACACACCAUUAUUACUCCAACGACAACGACUUCAACAGAACAGCUUCUUGAGAGACAAAAGGUACUAAUAUGUGCUCCCAGUAAUGCAGCAGUGGAUGAACUAGUGUUGAGAUUAAGAGAAGGUGUACUGGAUUACUCAGGUAAUAUAUUUCACCCAGAAAUUGUUCGUAUUGGUAGAUCGGAUGCUGUAAACGACUCCAUUAAGGACUUGACUCUGGAAGAAAAGGUUGACAGAAAACUUGGUGGUUCGGAUUAUGAUAUGGUUCAAGAUUCUGCUCUAAAUCAAAAAUUCCAAGAAACAUUGCAAAAGCGUAGAAUGUUAACAGACAAAUUGAAUAAAGAAAAUGGAAAUCCAAACAGUACGUUAUCAUCGGCAGAUAUUGCAGAUAUUCAGAUGCAAAUCCGGGAUCUGCGCAAGGCCAUUAGUGAAAUGGGUAAGCAAAAAGACGAAAUUCGAGAAUCCAACUCGUUGAAAUACAGAAACAGAGAGAUUGAUAGAAGAAAAGCUCAAGCGCGUAUCUUGGCUGAGUCAGAUAUUAUUUGCUCCACAUUAUCUGGUUCAGCUCAUGAUGUUCUUGCUUCGUUAGGGGUCAAAUUUGACACUAUCAUUAUUGAUGAAGCCUGUCAAUGUACUGAACUUUCAAGUAUCAUCCCACUAAGAUACGGUGGUAAAAGGUGCAUUAUGGUUGGUGAUCCUAAUCAGUUACCACCUACAGUACUAUCAGGUGCCGCUAGUGAUAUGAAAUAUAACCAAUCUUUAUUUGUCCGCAUGCAAAAGAAUUGUAGUCCAUAUCUAUUAGAUGUGCAAUAUCGUAUGCACCCAGCCAUUAGUAAAUUCCCAUCAUUGGAAUUUUACAAAGGUAAAUUACAAGAUGGUACCCAUGUUCAAGAAAUCAAUAAGAGAGAAUGGCACGGAAAAUAUCCAUUCGGUCCUUACAAAUUCUUUGAUAUUGUUACAGGUAAACAAAAACAAAAUAUGAAAACAAUGUCAUAUACUAACCCGGAAGAAAUAAAGGUCGCUAUUGAAUUAGUGGAUAAUCUAUUAAGCAACUAUGAAACAAAUUAUGAUUUCACAAAUAAAAUUGGUAUUAUUUCACCUUACAGGGAACAAAUGCAAUCAAUGAGAAACCAAUUCAGACGUUACUUUGGUGAUCAGAUAAGAUCAUAUGUUGAUUUUAACACAAUUGAUGGGUUCCAGGGGCAAGAGAAAGAGAUCAUCAUUAUCUCAUGUGUCCGUGCUGAUGAUAAUUCCACAAGCGUUGGAUUCUUAAGAGAUUUCAGACGUAUGAAUGUUGCGCUAACGAGAGCUAAGUGCAGUUUGUGGAUAUUAGGGCAUCAUAAAUCUCUAGUAAAUAACAAGUUGUGGAAACAUCUUAUCUCUGAUGCUAAGGAGAGAAACUGUUUGGAGCUUGCAUGUCCUGGUUUCCUCAAUCCAAGUGAUAAAUUUGCACAAGAUACAAUACAAAAAUUCAAAGGAUCUCAUGAUUACAUUGCUAAUCUAGAUACAUAUGACCCAUAUCAGAACAAUGUUCCAUCUGACGGGGAUAGGAAUAAGCAUAGAUUCUCGGAUCAUUCGUCAUCAAAUCAGCACUCUAAGAAGAAGUUGAAAUUGGAAAAUUGGAAAAAACAACGAACCGAGUCAGCGAGCGAAUCGGCGAACGAAAAUCAAAAACCAAACGACUUCAAAUCUAGUCCUGCUACAAAAGUUCCUGGGAGAAAAAAGAAGUCAUCAAUUUUCAGUGCAUCGCGUACCGCACUUGGGUCACCUUUAGAUAAUGCUUCUCGUCUUGGUGCUCAUACGGAUGCUGAUGGAAGUUAUAAGCCGAAGCCAUAUAUUAACGAUUCGUCGUCUGACAGCAAACGAAAAUAA